AUGAACCCCUACGAGUAUACCAUGGAAGAUCUCUUUGGGGAUAACACUUCCGAAACCUCAGAUAAUAGCUCUACAUCAACAGAAGAACCUCUGUCCACAUCUUGGAAUUUGGAAAACAAUUCCCAAGAGCCAGACAGCAAUUCAAACGAGCCUAUGAUGAGCCCAUUCCAAUCAGUCGAUCAAGAGAUAAACAAGAAAACCGAACCACAGUUGGACAAAGGGAAGGCGAAGGAUAUAAGUGUCGAAGCGUCUAAUGAAUGCAAACUCACGGGAGUGCAGUAUGUACACGCCAACAAAAUGUGCAGGGGUAUGCCCCAAUGA